AUGGAUGCGACGGACGCGGUGGUGGGGCGAACGGUGCGAAUGAAGGCGAAAUCGGCGAUGGGGCGGGUGAAAAAGGUGAAGGAUAAGGCGGCGCUGGAGGCGGAUAGAGACUUUUGUCGCGUGGUGACGCGGUACGACCCGGAGGCGGUUCAGAGAGAGGCGCUCGGGAGGCCGGUUGAGUUGGCGAAACGAGCGGCGAAACUAGUGUUUGUGCUGGGGAAACUCAAGGGGAAGCGCGAGCGUUUGCAAGCGCUGGACGCGUCUGACGGUGGCGCGCGUUGGGGAGAGGCGGUUCGGGAGACGCUCUGCGAACUCGGACCGCUGUUCGUCAAGCUCGGACAGAAUUUGGCGAAUCGACCAGAUUUGGUCAACGAGGACUUGAUGGAGGAGCUCACAAAACUUCAGGAUCGCGUGCCACCGUUCAAUUCAAAGCUUGCGUUUAAGAUAAUCGAGGAGGAGUCGGGUCGGUUGAUAGAGGAGACAUUCAGUGAAAUUUCCGCCGAGCCCAUCGCGGCGGCAUCCAUCGGUCAGGUGUAUCGAGGGACGUUGAAACGAGAUGGCACGGACGUCGCCAUCAAGGUACUGCGACCGAACACGCGGUCGCAGUGCGUCAUGGACCUGUUCCUUUUGCGUGCCGCCGCGCUGAGGUUCUUUGACGAUUUCGCUCGGGCGAACCUCGGGUGCUCAGCCUCGCUCCUGGUCGACGAGUUCGCUGAAAAGCUCUUGGAAGAGCUCGACUUUGUGCAGGAGGCGAGAAACCUGCGCGAUUUCGCCUUCAAUUUUCGCAACGACGCAAACGUGCAAAUUCCGCCCGUCGUCAGCGAACUAAGCGGACCGCGAGUCCUCGUCAUGCACUGGCAGAACGGCGUUAGAUGUACGCGUGAAGACGCGUUCUCGGAUGAAGCUUCGCGGGCGCGAUUCUUAGUGAACGGCGUCGAGGCUGGGUUGAGGCAACUGCUCGAGUUUGGCUUAUUUCACGGCGAUCCGCAUCCCGGCAACGUCUUAGCUCUCCCCAACGGAGACAUCGCUUACGUCGAUUUUGGCAACGUUGCCGAGAUUUCGCGAUCGAACCAAGAGAGUCUCAUCGAUGCCGUCGUACACGUGAUGAACCGCGACUACGAGGCUCUCGCGUCGUCACUCGAGGAUUUGGGAUUCCUACAGCCGGGAGCGGACAUCGGUCCCGUCGCCGAGGGCCUCGCCGAUGUAUGGGGCGAUGAGGCGCUGCAAUCUCUCGCGAGCGCUGAAAAGUUUUCAUUCCGAGGGCUCACUCGUGAGUUCAACAAGCUGCUGUACGAUUACCCAAUCCGCGUCCCCGAGCGCUUUUCUCUGGUGAUACGCUCGCUGCUCACGCAAGAGAACAUUUGCUUAACGCUCAAUCCGGACUUCAACUUAUUGGACGCGGCGUUUCCUUACGUUGCUCGACGGUUGCUCACCGAUCCUGAUCCUGCACUGCGACUUCGUUUGCUCAAAGUGGUUGUCGUGAACGGUAGGUUCGAGUGGGACCGUCUGCGUAAUUUGAUCGACAUGGCGGGCAUCGGAGCCAAGGGCGGCGUCAGCGUUCCCAUCUUCGCCCUCGCUAAGGACGCGGCGCACAUGCUCGCCACGGACAAGGCGAUCAGGCAAGAGCUUUUCAUCGGUCUUCGUUCGGUCUCGCUUGCCGAGCACAUCAAGGAGUCCUUCUCCCUCGGGUGCGUACUUCUGGCCAUCGCGUUCGGUCGGUUGACGCAGCCCGUGUUUGAUUUUUUUAGGGGCAUUCGCAGAGCCUUGUUCCGGCAGCGUCGCGGCAAGCGACCCCGUGCGCCCGUCGCGUCGCUCGCUCCGGCGGCGUGA